AUGGAUCAGCGCCGGAGCCAGACGGGUGAAGCGGACGGGAGAGAGAGGGGUCCCGCGUCACGCGAGAUGGGGCGCCCCCAGAGCCCCGCCCUCUCGUCCCAUGAGGCCGAGCGGCUGGCGCUCGUCAAGCUCCCUGAGACAGGUGUGUGUGAGCUGCUGGCCACCCUUCCCAUGCAGAUUCAACCUCAUGUGAGUGAGGAGGACAGCGACUUUCUGCAGGACAUGUUUGCAGACCAAAGCCUCCUGUCCCUGGUCAAGAUGCACGAGAGGCUGAGGCGGUACGAGCACAGGAGUCCUUACCCGGUCACGGGCUCCGCUGCGGCCCUGGCCUAUGAGCUGGCUGCGGAUCUGCAGAGCAACAAGGAGAAUGAAGAGGUCCAAGAGCUGCUCAAUCUGCUAGCCAAACCCCACGUCAAGAGUCUGCUGUCUGUCCAUGAUGUUGUGGCAAAGAAAGGUUAUGACCCUGCACUGCCCCCACUUCCAGAUGACAUGGAUGAUGAAGAAGACUCUGUAAAGAUUAUUCAACUGGUCAAGAAUACAGAACCACUUGGGGCGACAGUGAAGUGGGACGAACAGACCAGGGCCAUCGUCGUAGCCCGGGUAAUGAGAGGUGGGGCCGCAGACAGAAGUGGUCUAAUCCAUGCAGGGGAUGAGCUGAAGGAAGUCAAUGGAGUUUUAAUGGAGAAUAAGAAGCCUGAGGACAUCAUUCCCAUUGUGGCUCAGUCUCGUGGGGCCAUAACGUUUAAAGUUGUACCGGGCAUCAAAGAGGUCAGGCCAACUCUGGAACCCAAGAUGUUUGUCCGGGCACUUUUUGACUUCGACCCCAAUGAGGACAAAGCCAUCCCCUGUAAGGAGGCGGGAUUGGCUUUUAAAAAGGGGGAUGUCCUUCAGAUUGUGAGUCGGGAGGAGCCGGCCUGGUGGCAGGCAAUACACAAAGGCAAUGGCAACACUAGGGCGGGCCUCAUCCCCUCCCAAGAGCUCCAGACAAGGAGGCUGGUGCUGAGAAGAGCUCUAGCUCGUGUUCAACCCCUAAAAACCUCAAACCAGAGAACCUAUGUAGACUACGGAGCCAUAAGUGGAAUCCACAUAGCUGGCCUGCGAAGGAGCUUCCGCCUCAGCAGGAGAGACAGGGGGGUGUGCCAGUGUGAGUGUGGUGGGAGCGGGCGCUAUGACACGGCCGACGUCCCCACCUACGAGGAGGUGGCCCCCUACCGCAAGCAGCCCGGAGCUCCGCACAGGCUGGUGGUCCUGGUUGGACCCAGGGGGGUCGGUCUUAACGAACUGAAAAGGAGGCUAAUCAUCUCUGACCCGGAGCAAUUCAGCGUGGCCGUUCCACACACCUGCAGGGCGAAGAGGAGCCAGGAGACUGAUGGUGUGGAGUAUAAUUUCGUUUCCAAACACCAUUUUGAAGUUGACAUCAUCAACAACAAGUUUAUUGAGCAUGGAGAGUACAAGGGGAAUUACUAUGGGAUCAGUCUGGAUUCUGUGCAGUCCGCCCUUGCAGGGAACAAGGUUUGCCUCCUGGACGUGCCAACCCAUAGGAUAAAACCCUUACGGACGAAGGAGUUUAAGCCUUACGUGGUUUUCGUGAAGCCCCCGUCUCUACAGCGUCUGCAGCAAAGCCGGAGGAACGUGAAAGUCAUCUACAGCCAAGACGAAAAGGGAUCAGCCAAGCUAUUCUCGGAGGAAGACUUUGAAGAAAUGAUCGUUUCUGCCCAGGUGAUGGAGACCCAGUAUGGCCACCUGUUUGAUAGAGUCAUAGUCAACGAUGACCUUGCCACUGCCUUCAGAGAGCUAAGGUCGGCAUUGGAAAAAGUGGAGUCGGAGACCCAGUGGGUCCCAAGACACUGGACACUCCCCUAA